AUGUCGACUCCUCUCGAUCGACUCACAAGACCCUGUUUCUCAAGCAAUGGUGAGAGAAGAGAACGGAAGUCGGAUUUCGAAGUCUCAGAGGACGAGAAGAAAACGAGAAUCGGGAUUUUCAAGAAGAAAGCAUCAAAGGCUUCUUGCAAAUUCAGACGUUCUCUCAGUAGGAAAAGAAGGCCAAGCAGGACCAGAAGCAUCGAUCGGACUCUGUCUCUUACCUUCGAAGACAUACAUGACGCAGAGGAAUUGCGUUUUGUCUCUGAAUUCCGACAAUCACUCAUCUCCGACAACUUGCUCCCUCCAACGCUUGAUGAUUAUCACAUCAUGCUGAGAUUUCUCUAUGCAAGGAAAUUUGAUCUUGGAAAGGCAAAUUUAAUGUGGAGUAACAUGAUCCAGUGGAGAAAGGAUUUUGGUACUGACACAAUUUUGGAGGAAUUUGAGUUUCCAGAAUUGGAUCAAGUUCUCAACUACUACCCUCAGGGAUAUCAUGGUGUUGACAAAGAAGGAAGACCUGUUUACAUUGAAAGAUUGGGAAGAGUGGACGCAAGCAAACUCAUGCAAGUCACUACGUUGGAGAGAUACUUGAGAUAUCAUGUUAGAGAGUUUGAGAAAACUGUUACUAUCAAGUUUCCAGCUUGUUGCAUCGCUUCUAAGAGACACAUUGACUCCAGUACAACUAUUCUUGACGUCCAAGGCGUGGGCUUAAAGAAUUUUACUAAAUCUGCGCGGGAACUUAUAACACAGCUGCAAAAGAUUGAUAAUGAUAACUACCCUGAGACACUACACCGGAUGUUCAUCAUCAAUGCCGGCCCUGGUUUUAAGCUACUUUGGGGCACGGUGAAAUCGUUUCUUGAUCCAAAGACUGUCUCCAAGAUAGAUGUUCUUGGAAACAAGUAUCAGAAUAAAUUACUUGAGGUCAUUGAUGCAAGCCAGCUACCAGAUUUUCUGGGUGGUACUUGCACUUGUGAAGAUAAGGGAGGUUGUAUGAGAUCUGAUAAAGGACCCUGGAAAGACCCUGAGAUACUAAAGAUGGGUCGCAGUGGUGGGACGUUUUGUAGGCAUGCUGGUACUCUCCUAUGCAGUGAUUCCCAAAUAUCUUCAUCUGAUAAACAGAGUUAUAAUGGGAUGAAAGUUGGUGACACGUCAACAGCAGAGUCAGGGUCUGAAUUGGAUGAGAUGGCUUCACCGAGAAGAAUUAUGAACAAUCAUGUACCCAAGUUGACUCCUGUUUCUGAAAAUAUUAAGGCCAAUGGUAAAGUAAGUCCUAGUGUUCUAUCUGAGUAUGAAGACUGUGUACCAAUGGUGGACAAAGUUGUGGAUGUUGCUUGGCAGCCACGAGAGACGUCAAAUGCUUCUCAAGGUCCACAGUAUGCAUCAAGUUUGGGAAAAACAGGAACAAUUAGUCAUAUCUGGAUGUGGCUAACUGCGUUCUUCUUAAACCUUGUCACAUUCUUCGCGUCUAUGGCUCUGCCACAGACUAAAGAACACUCACAGUUGACUUCUCCAAGCGGUAGAGCUGAGAUUUGUGAUGAACCUUUCGCAAGAGAAUCUCGACCUCCUUCGCCUUCUCGUCCUAACAUCACUGAGAGAGUUAUCAUUUCCUCUGUUUUAGGCAGAUUAGGCGAUCUUGAGAAACAGAUAGAAACCCUUCGCUUGAGGGAAACAGAGAUGCCUCAUGAGAAAGAAGAGUUGCUGAAUGCUGCUGUUUAUCGCGUGGAUGCAUUAGAAGCAGAAGUCAUCAACACAAAAAAGGCAUUACACGAGGCUUUAAUGAAGCAAGAAGAGCUUUUGAGUUACAUAGACCGGCAAGAGGAAGCUAAGUACCGGAGAAAGAAGUUCUGCUGGUGA